AUGAGUUGUGGCUUAACAGGCACUACUGCCAAGCUAAGAGGUACAAGUGCAAUAGUUUCAUGGACUCAGGUGAGGCACAUUUCUCGUAGAAGAAUAGCUUAUCCAUUCUAUCCAUUCAAAAAAUUGGGGAGACAACAUCCGAAGAAGCAUGAUACAAACUUGAAGUCUGCCAUGAGACAAUUUUUAGGUCCAAAGAAUUACAAGGGAGAAUAUGUGAUGAACAAGUAUUUUGCGGUUCCAACAAAUCAUGUACCCAACUAUAUCAAACCAGAUUUAGAAAGGGGACAAAGUUUGGAGCACCCGGUAACUAAAAACCCUUUACAACUUAGAUAUGAUGGAACGUUGGGUCCCCCUGCUGUAGAAAAUAGAAGAUUACAAAACGUUUUCAAGGACAGAUUAUUGCAACCUUUCCCUUCAAAUCCACACUGCAAGACGAAUUAUGUAUUAAGCCCGCAAUUGAGACAAAGUAUUUUUGAAGAGAUUACCGUGGAGGGAAUUUCUACCCAGCAAGUCUCGCAAAAGUAUGGGCUAAAAAUUCCUCGUGUAGAAGCUAUUGUUAAAUUGAUGGGUGUGGAAAACAGUUGGAACAAACGGAAUAGAGUAUCUUCUGAUCUGAAAGCUUUGGAUGAGACUCUGUAUAGGAUGUUUCCCGUUUUCGACUCCGAUGCUACAUCCAAACGAGAGAACUUGAGUGAAAUUCCUGUCCCCCAAAAGACGUUAGUAUCACGGUUUCUCACUAUAGCAGAAUCUGAACCUUUUGGACCUGUUGACGCGGCCCAUGUUUUAGAACUAGAACCCGCUAUAGAAACUCUGAAAAAUUUAUCCACUGUUGGAGAACACUCUAGCGGCCAUCACAAAUUAACUAGUAAGAAUACCAAAGUUGUUUAUGGUGAGAUUUUACAGGGUGAAAGGUCACAAUUCAAAUUUACUAACGCAAAGGUUGGAAAAGUUGGAUACCGUUAUGGUAGUGGAAAUAGGGAUAACAAGAAAGAUAGAAGAAUUGGCUUUAAUAAACUCGGCGAAAUGGUAUAUAUGUAA